GCAACUUUUUUAGAAAACUUGUCAACAAUUCGUUUAAUUCAGUCUCGUUCCAUCGCAAACAAAACCUCUUCUUUCUUGGUGCAACUGUUUUCUUUCUCAUUAUGCCUCCUGCUUCAAAGAAAGUUCGAGCUAAUGCGGUUUCGCAAUCUGCCAAGGCUGGUCUCAAGUUUCCAGUUGCGCGAAUUCGUCGAAUGCUUCGGGAGCGUAACUAUGCAAAGAGAUUGAGCCGUGGUGCUCCUGUCUUUCUUGCUGCUGUUCUCGAAUAUCUGGUAUCUGAGAUCAUUGAUGGUGCUGGAAACAUUGCAAAAAGGGAUAAGCGUUUCCAAAUUACUCCUCGUCAUCUCUUCUUGGCUAUCAAAGAAGAUAAUGAGCUCAAAGAUAUUUCUGAGCACGUCACUAUUGUUCAAGGUGGCGUUGUUCCUGGUAUUCUGAAUGAACUGUUGCCUCCAAAGAAGAAAAUUGUUGCUGCUGUGGACACUCCUCCAAAACCUCCAAAGCCCCAACAAAAGAAGCCUAAAGAGAAAAUGUCUUCAACGAAGAAGAAAAAUGUUCGUCAGGGUUCGGUAUCUAGGAAUGAGCCUCAGCAUGAAUUGGAGGACAUUGGAGAGGAGAAUGAUUGCUAA